AUGUCCUCUCAGCGCCUUUUCCGGUUCCCAAAGCCAGCAUGGCUUAACAGCGCUAACACCAGGACAGCAGGCGUCUACCUCGCAGGCGCAUUGUUCUCACUAGGCUUCUUCUUCUUCAUCGACGCGAGCGUCUUCUCGAAAUCCCGAUACAACGGCUCCGACGUGCACAUCACCUUCGUGGACUGGAUUCCGUUCAUCUGCUCGGCGCUGGGGAUGCUGGUGAUCAACAGCAUCGAGAAAUCGCGGCUUUCAGCCGAUAGCUUCUCCUAUAGUGGGAACGGAGUCGCUUGGAAGGCCCGCACCGUUCUGUUUCUCGGCUUCGCCCUCAUGGCCGGUGGCCUCGCGGGCAGUGCUACUGUCAUGGCCCUAAAGUAUCUCUUCAAGGACUACGCGGCGCAGACGGUUUACAUGGGCGUUGCGAAUGUGCUGGGCAAUGGAUUGGUUAUGCUCAGCAGUGUUGUGCUAUGGGUCAGCCAGAAUAUGGAGGAUGAUUAUACCUAUAAUUUGCAGCUGUGA